UGUUCCGGUUCCGCUGGUUCCGGUCCGAAGCCGUCCCGUGCUGCAGCACCAUGUGGAGGAAAGCCUCCGCGGCGCUGUUGCUAGCGCUGGCCGUCGGCUACUUCUACGGCGGCAGGCCGGGCCUGCCGGACCAGAUCCUGCAGUACAUCGGCCUGCCGAGCCUCCAGACCUGGUCCCAGGACCAGAACCAGGACCAGAACCAGGACCAGAACCAGAACCAGAACAGCCUGGAGGAAACCAUCUCCGCCGCCUGGGAGGUUCUGAUCACCCUGCCGAGCCGCAGGUGGACCCGCGUGGCUGUGGGGGUGAACGCCUGCGUGGACGUGGUUCUGUCCGGGGUGGGGCUCCUGCAGGCGCUGGCGCUGGACCCGGGGCCGGGCCGGGACCACGAGGUGCUGCACUCCCCGGAGGAUCUGAAGGAAACCUUCGUCCACUUCAUGCAGCGCGGCGCCGCCGCCGAGCGCUUCUUCAGCGACGGCCCGGCGUUCCGCCGCGUCGCCCGCGCGGCGGCCGAGUUCCCCGGGGCCAAGCUGUACGUGGGAGGGAACGCCGCCCUCAUCGGCCAGAAGAUGGCGUCCUACUCCGACCUCAUGGUUCUGCUGUGCGGCCCGGUCGGUCCAAAGCUCCACGAGCUGCUGGACGAGCAGAUCGUCGUCCCCCCGGAGUCUCUGCAGGAGACGGACGAGUUCCACCUGAUCCUGGAGUACGCAGCAGGCGAGCGCUGGGGUCCGGCUCAGGCCCCCCAGGCCAACCGCUUCAUCUUCUCCCACGACGUGUCCAACGGGGAGAUGAGGUCUCUGGAGACGUUCGUGUCCAGUCUGGAGGAGUUCCGGCCCGAGCUGGUGGUUCUGUCGGGCCUGCACAUGAUGGAGGGCCAGGGCCGCGGGCGGUGGGAGCAGCGGCUGCAGCAGGCCGUGGCGACGAUCUCCAACAUUCCCAGAGCGGUUCCCAUCCACCUGGAGCUAGCUAGCAUGACGGACCGAGACUUCAUGAACAGCAUCACGCAGCAGCAGGUGAUGCCGGCCGUGAGCUCGCUGGGGCUGAACGAGCAGGAGCUGCUGUUCCUGUCGCAGGCGGGCGGCGGGCCCCACGCGGCGCUGCCGGCCUGGCCGGGCGUGCCGGACGUGGGCGUGGUCAGCGACAUCCUGCUGUGGAUCCUGCAGCGCCACGGCCCGCUGGCGGAGAGCGACCUGACCCGGAUCCACUUCCACACGCUGGCCUACCACGUCCUGGCCACGGUGGACGGCGUGUGGGGCAACCAGGCGGCGGCGGUGAUGGCCGGGGCGCGGGUGGCUAGCAGCCAGGCCUGCGGGCUGGCCGCCGUGGACGCCGCCCGGGCCACGCUGAAGGCGCCGCUGGAGUUCUACGGCUCCGCCGCCGAGCCGCGGCGGCAGCGGCUGACCCUGGACCCGGCGCGGCCCGUCACCGCGUGGCGCCGCGGCAACGUCACCUUCCACCUGACGCCGGUGCUGGUCUGCCGGCGGCCGCUGCGGACGGUCGGGCUCGGGGACGCCAUCUCCGCCGAGGGGCUGGUGUACUCGGAGCUGCUGGACCCGCAGCCGCUCUGAGAGGCGGUUACCGCGGUUACCGCGGUUACCACAGUACUGAUUCAGGUUCCUCCUCCCAGAACUCUCCCGACGAGCAGCUCCGGUUCCUCGGAGCUGCUCCCUUUAACGCCCAGCCGGAACCAGAACCCGGGCCCUGAACCCAGUCCGAGGAGCUGGAGUCUCAGAACCGGGUCCCCGUGCCUUCAGACGGAACCGCACACUCACAACCGACAGCACCGCUCGGACCCGCGGAGACGGAACCAGCCGCCCCGACCUUCACCCACACCUUCACCGACACCUUCACCUCCUCGUUUCCCGUCUUCCUCGUC